AUGUCCGAUUCUGCGCCCAACCCACCGCCGACCAUACCCCCCAGACCCUCGAGGGCACAGGAAAAGACAUCGGUUCCAAUGAUCCCACCCCGUCCCACGAACCGGCGCCUCCAGCGCUCUAUGAGCCCGAACCAUGACCGCUUCGCCCCGUCCCCCCUGAACGAACCCACGUUCCCCAAGGCCGGCUCCAAGCCGUCGCACCUCGGCGUCUACAAUGGCCACGGAGAGGACCCGAUCCCUCGCUCCACCUCGGUCGAUCUCCCCUCGCUCGGCGAGGAAGGCCAGGAGUAUGCCGCCUUGGCCGAGGAGAUAAACACGGCCAAGGAGGAAGAGCAUGCCAGUCCCGAGCAGACGCGGACUGUGGGCGAGGACCUCAAACUCCAUGCCCCAAAGCCGUCCCUGCCGGCCUCGAGUGCGAAGCAGCGCGUCAUGGCUGUCACCCGCACCGACAGCGAGCGUGCGGCCGCGUUCGGUAUCGGCCGGGCGAGCAGCGUGGAAGACUCAAUCCCGCCUGUGCCGUCGAACCGCAGUCUCAAGAAGAAGCCGAGCACUGCCAGCCAGCUGUCUGCAACGGAUAAAGAGUUCGAGGAUGAGCAUGGUAUCCCCGAGAUUGGACAGCGGGUGCCGAUGUACAAGAAUGCUGGCGACGUCCAGGCUCCGUCUCCCGCGCCCCCGGGUAGCGAAGGAGGGAAGGGCAAGCACCACACUAGGAGGAGAUCGGGCCACGCCAACCUUCCCCCUGGGAGCUACGGGUUGCAUGGUCACAAUGUGGUGCCGCAGGAUAAGCUGGAGAAGGCUUACUACGAAAAGCAUCCUGAUCUCCUGAAGAAGGAGCAUCUGCCGCACCAUUAUGAUCGCCCGAAUGACUUCUCCAUGAGCCGCGAUGACCUUAACAAGAUCGUCAGGGAUACUGCCAGUCGUGGUUCGGGUCUUGCUACUGCCGGUACACCCAGCGACCAAGUCGGCUGGCAAGCUCUUGAGGAGUCGGCAUCCAGGAUUGCCUCCCCUAAGCUGGAGUCUCCCGAGAGGAAGCCCCCGCCUAUCCACGUGGACGAGCCCAACCGCCGGCGGUCCGUCAUGUUUAGUGACACCGAAUCGGUGAACGGUGACGACGAGCCGGAGCGUUCCUACACGGCCCCCAUCUUGGCCGAUGAUGAGGUUGCCAAAGAUCCGUCGUCGUAUACCCGGCAGCCGGCGGUGGAGCCUCACGAAGAGCCAACCAGCCGCCCGACGAGCCGUCCGCCCAGCCGUCCGGCGAGUUUGCACCGGGGGAGCUCGUUUGAGAUACGCCAUACACCGCUGGAAGACGUGGAGGAGUACGAGCCGCUCUUUAACGACGACGAUAAGGACGACAAGCCAGAGACGGAGAAGCCUGCGGCCAAGGAGAAGCUCAAGGUGAACCAGCCGCGCCGCUUUCCGAGCGCCGAUAUCUGGGAGGAUGCGCCGAGCAGCGUCCACUACACGGCCGAGGUCUCAACUCCUGAGCUCUUUGACGAGCAAGAGAAGCCUUCGCGGUCGAGCGCGCCCACCCCCAAGGAGGGAGAGACUCCGGCGCAGGCAUUUGCCCGUCAGCAAGAGGAGCUUGCCGAGAAGGAAGCUCACGGCCAACGCAACCACCAACAAAAGCCGGCGACACAACCGGUGCAACCGGCGCAGCCCACGCAAACACCUGCAUGGCCGCAACAGCAGAGUCACCUGGCAGCCGCAGCGCCAGCUCUCCGCCCGGCCUUGAAGCACCGAUUCCCAAGUCGUGACGUGUGGGAAGACGCCCCCGAAAGUCUGCAGCUUGAAACCACCGUCUCGACUCCGCAGCAAGACGAGGCUCCUCCUUCGCCGUCUCCCGUCGAAGCGAAGAAGACUGAGGUCUCUGAGCCUGCAGAGCCGACCGCCGCCAAAGCUCCAGAGCCCACGGCCCCCAGCGAGAAACCCGCCAUUCCCACGCGCCCCAAGCCGCGGCAGCUCUCCGACGACAAGCCCGCCGUCCCAGAACGUCCCAAGUCGAAACCCCAGAUCCCCGCUCGGCCCGUCAAGGCUGGCGCGACAUCCGGCGGCCUCGAACCCGCAGAAGCGGCUGCCCCGCCGCGCCCGAAACCAGCUGUCCCUGCUCGCCCUAUGGGGAACAAAAUCGCUGCGCUGCAGGCCGGGUUCAUGAGCGAUCUGAACAAACGACUGCAGCUCGGCCCACAGGCUCCGAAGAAGGAGGAGUCGCCUCCGGCCGAUGAGGGGGAGAAGGCGGAAGUGAAGGAGAAGGUGCCGCUCAGCGAUGCAAGGAAGGGCAGGGCGAGGGGGCCUCAACGCCGUGCCCCCGCGCCUAAAGUCACUCCUGCGCCUGUUGCAGUCAGUGAAGCGAAGGCUGCGGCUACGUUCAGCUUUGUAGCGGCGCAGACAUUCUUCGAAAUCGACCCUGUCGAGGGUGCUCUCACUGCUGGUGUUUCUGUCAGGGGCUUGUCGGAGACGGAACCAAAAUCCCUGCCUACGGUGGAGGUCGCAGCGGCUAAGGCAGAGCCGGAAUCCCAAGUGGCUGAGCAAGUCGAUUCCGGCAUUGCGAGCAGCGUUCCUUCCGCCUCGGAUAAAGGCGAAGAAGAGGAUAAGACCCUCGCUACAGCUGCAUCUGCGGCCAGCGAAGAAGCGCCCGAAAAGUCAGCCACCACCGUCAAAGAGCAAGAGGCCAACUCCCCCGAGGACGUGUCCACAAUCUCCCCUAAACCGGCCAUCGAGCCCGUCACGGAGACAAUUGCGGAACCGGAGGAGACCAAGGCGCUUGCUACCAACAUGGCGGGGGAGACGCUGGUUGCGGAGAAGACGGAGAAGACGACGCGGGAGGAUGGGAAUGGGGUGGGUGAGGAGGGUGAGGGGGGGUCGGUGAAGGUUGUGGAGAAUUAG